AAUCCUCUCAGCCAAUAGUAACAUCUCAUGUUGGUCUACCAGCACUGAGGGAUAGGAGGAAGCUCUGUGCCCUCAGCUGCCAUGGCUCGGGAGGUUGUGGCGGGAGCUGUAACCGGUAACGAGCAGCAGCAACGGCACUUUUGGGAUUUGAGAGUGCCGCACCGGCCCCGCUGAGACUCCAGGGCAGACGGAAACCUCCGAGACACUGAAGCUGGCGAGCCGGAGUCCGGAGUUGGGAGCCCCUCCCGGGUUGCGCUGCUCGGCUUCCCCGAGCCCUGCCCCGGCCCAACAGAAAAAGAUGAAAAAGCGGAAGGAGCUCAACGCACUUAUCGGACUGGGCGGCGGGAACGGUGACCGGGGAAGUGGGAGCGGCGGGGGUGGCGGCGGGCGCAAAAAGAGACAUCAGAGGAAAGGCUCCGCUUCGGGCCACCGACUACUCCGCACCGAGUCCGCCGAGAGCAGUAGCAGUAGUUCUUCAGGCCCGGAAUUCGGGGACGGCUUCGGACUCCCAGGAACCCGCUCCCGCUUUUCUAAGGGUGACUACCUACGAUGCUGCAAGCUCUGCUACCCUUUAUGUGCUUUUGUCAUUUUGGCUGCUUGUGUGGUAGCUUGUGUUGGCUUGGUAUGGAUGCAAGUUGCUCUCAAGGAAGACCUGGAUGGAUUAAAAGAACGAUUUCGAACCAUGGAGUCUAAUCAAAAGACCUCAUUCCAAGAAAUUCCCAGAUUGACUGAAGAUCUGCUUAAUAAACAAAAGAAACUGGAAAAGUUUGAGAAUGGAGACAGGGGAUUAAACAAAAUAUGGGUAAACAUCACUGAAAUAAGCAAACAGAUAUCUUUGUUGAUGUCUGCAGUAAAUCAUCUCAAAGCGAACAUUAAGUCUGCUUCCGAUUUGAUUAAUCUUCCUGUUACAGUGGAAGAGCUUCAGAAAAGCGUUGCUACUAUAGGUAGCACUGUAACCAGUGUACAUCAUGAUGUUGAGAGUAUGCAGGCAGCAAUUGAAGAACAAAAGAAAACCAUAGAAACACUCCAAAAUGAGAUGAGUGAGUUUGUAGAAGAUAUUAGAGAAAAGCAUCUGCCUUCAUUUUCCUCAUCUGCUACCCCCCAAAUAAGUGAGAAGAAUACGACUGACAGUUGUAAACAGGAUAACCAGUAUCUGCAUACCUCUAUAGAGGAGGUAAACUCUACCCUAAUGUUGUACCAGAAACUGAAUGAUUUAAAACUUUUCAGUAUGGAUUCCACAGUCAGCAAUCUAAGCUGGAGAGUUACUUCAUUAGAAAAUCAUAUGAUGGCUGUGAAUAAACUGGAAAAAAGAGAGAACCUGACCCUUGGUGUGGUGGGUGACUUAACUACCUCGGCGAAUGUAGAUGAAGCAAGAAAUGAAACUACUGAAAAAAUACAGAAUAUUGAGAAUACAGAAAAUGGAGACUCUCAGGUAUCCAUGCUAAGAGAGAAGUUGCAGCUGAUAAAUGCUCUGUCAAGCAAACCAGAAAGUGAUCGAUCUGAUGCAUCGAAAAAAGGAGGAAAACUCCAGAGCACAACUUCAAAACCUACAAAACUUCCAAGACUUUCUUCAAGAUCAGUUGGCAGAGGUUUUGAGGGAAAUAGACACCCAAGGGACUUGUCCUUACCUGGAAUAUCCAACCUAGAAGAUCUUCAAGAUUUAUACAGGACUAUCAACCAAGGCACUGAUGGCAAGUUGUCCUAUGAGGACCUGCAAAAUUUGGUUGGGUCUACAGUGGUUGAUUCACAGAGCUUUAAAGAAUUUGAUGCAGAUGGAGAUGAGAAAUAUUCCCUACCAGAACUGAGAGUGGCUUUGGAUGUAUAGUAUCUCUGCAUGUAUAAAUAACAGUAUUGAAGGACUACAGUAGCUAUACAAGAAAAACUGAUAAGUAAAAGCUAUAUCUGGCACUUUUCCCAAUGAUAUACUAAUCUUUGCAGCUAACUUAGUGUAUGACACCUUUUUAAUUGGCUAAAUAUGGAAAAUACUAGAAAGCUUUUAAAUUUUGAUCUGAUUUAAGAGAUAUUGACUCCUUAGAUUUUCAGUUCUAAACUCUAAUCCAGAGGUAAUUAGUGAUGCCUAGGAGCCCUGUUGACACAUCAGUAGCAAAUAACUUGUUGAAAUUUCUUCAAUUUUCACAGCAAACAAGUGCAUCUAAUUUUCUCUGGAUCAGGGCCAGAGGAUGGAAUCCUCCCAUAGUAUUGAAUAACUGGGGACUGCAGAGUAAUUGAACCAUAACCUACACUAAGAAAUUUAGCUCAAAGUUUUUAUUUCCCUUAUAAGGGAAGCUCUUGUCUUCAAAUUAGAAUAUGUGUGUAUAUAUUGACAAACAUGUAUUUUUUACUUCAAAUUUGCCUUAAAUUAGCUGCACUUUAGAAUAAAAAACAUAAAUGCAUCUGUCUUCACAGAAUGGGACUCUUCUGCUUGUAAAUAUUUAAAAUUAGAUCAAUUACAUCUGAGUCAACUUGGCAAUCUAUUUAAGGUUAUAAACCCAAAGUAAGUCAUGUCAAGGCUUAAAAUAAUGUUUCUCCUAGGGAUUACACUUGGAGGACUCACUUUUUCCAUAGUUCCAUGGGAAUCCAUGGAUAGCAUUCAGAUAUUAAAGAUCCGAAUGCAUAUACCACUCUCUCAGAAGGACUUCCAUUCUUAAUGUUGAGAUUAAAUAAAGUUCAUAUUUAUUUUAUGCUCUGAAAAACGUGAUAUAGGAAUUAUAAGUAGGUAUUUCCUUCUACUGGUAUAUUAAUACAGAUUAUGAUUGGUAUUCUAACUUUAGGAAGAACUUAGUUGCAUCUUAAAAUAUUCACUGCAGCCUUUCCCCCUUGAUUUGAUGACAUGUAUUGAAUUGAUCUUCCUCACCUUAAUACACAUCUCAUAAAAUCAAAAGUGGUAUUAACAAUCACUAUAAUUGUCAUUUUAGUGCUUCUGAUAUGGUUUAUAUAAACCAGGAACGGGUUGAGGUGCUUGGAGCCAAACUACAUGUUACAUUGAGUGUAUCUUUGCAUUUGUGCAUAGUCCUUUUUUUAAAAAAAUCAAUGUGGGGCCCUGAUCCAGAUUGGGACUGUGGCAUGAGUGGAAGCUGGUUAACCCUUUCCCCCCUGUAUCGUUGCUCUGAUGAACAUCCUGCCCCCUUGAAAUUGCUAUUUGCCUCCCAUGCAAACAGCUAUGGGGGAAGGAUAUCCAUCUGGAUCAGCACAUAGGGUGGUGAGCACUACAGUCCAGAUCUGGAUUUGGGGACUCUAGAUUUGUUUUUAAAAGUGCAAAUAUGAAGACUCAUUUAAUGUAAUGUGUGGCUUGGUCCUUGAUACGGUUUCAUUGCUUAAACUUAAGAGUUCUUGAUAUUUUAAGCUACUAAAUCCCAUUGGAAAAACAGGUAGGGACAGAUGCAGGAUAAGACUUUUUUAAAAUAAAAAGUAAAUGAAGCUGUUUGUUCUCUGGAUACUAGAGAACAAGUACUAUAAAUAAACAUUGAGCAUCUAAAUUUGAAGUGACAUCCAAGGUUUUCUAGAACAUAAAGACUUUGGCCUUUUCAGUUUUAAUUUUAUUAGCAAAGUAAUAUUGUGCACAACAAAAUGCAGGCUUUUCAGUCAUUUGAAUAUGCAUGUCAUGGAUGACAGUGGUUGCUGUCAACAGAACACUAGUGUACAAGGAAAUCUGAUACAAUGUUGGUUACUCUGGUGUAGAUGAGACAGAUUCCUCCAAAAAUAUUACAAUAAUAAAAAGCCUUGAAAAACCAAUUCCCUACAUAGGUUGUCUAGUUUUUUACUACUAGUUUCCUGACCUGGGCACGUUGCCCUUGCCCAAUAAAGCUGAAAAAUGCAAAAUAUUUCAAGAUUAUUGAAAAUCAGUGCUGUAUCAGACAGCGUCAAUCACUUUUAUAUGCUUUCUGUAUAAAACUAUUGACCAAAUUAAAUAAAGCAAUAAAAAUAA